UUCAUUGUAUCCCUUAUGAAGCAAACAGUGAUGAGAAUGUCCCUACAUUUUCUUUCAGCAUUGCUUGGUAUCUUUACUAUUUUGGUUUUGAUACAAGCUCAAGACCAAUCAGGUUUCAUUAGCAUAGAUUGUGGGCUACCUGAAGGUUCGAACUAUACAGAGAAGACGACAGGCAUAUAUUACAUAUCAGAUGCGAAAUUCAUAGAUAGUGGUGUGAGUAUGAGUAUAUCAGCUGCAGAAAAGAUUAGUCAUCAACAACAGCAAUUACAUUUUGUAAGGAGCUUUCCUAAUGGGGUCCGAAACUGUUACAGAAUAACUGUAACAAGCGGUAAUAAAUAUUUGAUUAGAGCCAGUUUCUAUUAUGGAAACUAUGAUAAUUUAAAUAAGCCACCACAGUUUGAUAUUCUUCUUGGAACUGAUGUAUGGGAUACAGUGAAGCUUCCCAAUGCAUCAUCACUCUUUACGUUCAGGGAGAUCAUUUACACCGCAUCACAAGAUUAUAUACAACCAUGUCUUGUUAACACAGGCAAUGGAACUCCAUUCAUUUCAGCAAUAGAAUUGAGGACUUUGAAGAAUGACACUUAUGUCACAGACUCAGCUAAAUCAGUCUUAUCAUUCUUCCUCAGAUAUGAUUUAGGUUCAACCACAAACUCAGAAUACAGGUACAAAGAUGAUGUUUAUGACCGCAUCUGGUUGCCUUAUGAAUCCAGUGAUGAUUGGAGACGAUUAAGCACCUCACUUAACAAUGAUGAUCUAUAUCAGAAUGUUUAUAGACCACCUGGAAUUGUGAUGAGCACUGCUGUUACACCUGUAAAUUCCAGUGCCCCUAUACAAUUUGAAUGGGAUGCUGAUAAUGUCGAUGACCAAUACUACCAGUAUUUCCACUUUACUGAGGUCGUGGAUCUGGCUGAAAAUGAAACAAGAGCAUUCAAUAUCACACGGAAUGGAAAACUUUUUUAUGGACAUGAGAUACCUGGAUACCGAUUAGUAAAUACCAUAUUUAGCAGAUCAGCUUUCACUGGAGCCAAAAGGUAUACAAUUACCCUUGAUAAGACAAAGAAUUCAACCCUUCCACCCACCCUCAAUGCCAUUGAGGUUUAUAAAGUAAAAGACUUCUCACAGUCACAAACUCAACAGGAUGAUGUUGAUACUAUCACAAUCAUCAAGAAGGCUUAUGCUGUGGCUAGAAAUUGGGAAGGAGAUCCAUGUGGUCCUGUGAAGUAUAUGUGGGAAGGCCUAAACUGUAUUUCUGAUGAUGUCUUUGGCAUUCCAAGAAUCACAUCUUUAAAUUUGUCUUCAAGUGGACUCACAGGAGAGUUAGUAUAUUCCAUAUCGAAGCUGACUAUGCUGCAGCAUUUGAAUUUUUCAAACAAUAGCUUAACCGGAUCUUUGCCUGAAAAUCUGAUACAACUCCAGUCACUACAAGUUUUGGAUUUAUCAAACAAUAUCUUAAGCGGCCCCAUACCCGAUUUUCUGAUGCAACUCUCGUCUCUAAAAGUUUUAAACUUGGGGAAGAACAGAUUUACAGGAUCUGUUCCAAGCGAACUUCUUGAGAGAUCUAAAACAGGUUCUUUAUCGCUGAGUUUGAAUGAUAAUCCCAAUCUUUGUAUGAGGGAAUCUUGCAAAAAGAAGAAUUUAGUUGUACCACUAACUGCAUUGUUUUCAGUAUUAAUUGCAAUCCUCUUGAUUUCUCUUGGAUUUUGGGCUUUUAGAAGACUAAAAGUUACAUCUUCAAAUUCUAAGAAAAGGGGUUUAAUGAAGUCAAAACAUCAAGUGUUCAGUUCCACUGAAAUUAUCGAUAUAACUGAUAACUUCAAAACUAUUAUUGGAGAAGGUGGAUUUGGAAAAGUUUAUGUUGGUGUUCUACAAAAUCAAACUCAAGUUGCUGUUAAGAUACUUUCACCAUCCUCCAUGCAAGGCUAUAAGGAAUUUCAAUCAGAGGCACAACAUCUGAUGAUUGUUCAUCAUAGAAAUUUAGUCUCUCUCGUUGGGUAUUGCGAUGAAGAUGAAAUCAAAGCAUUGAUCUAUGAAUACAUGGCCAAUGGAAAUCUCCAACAACAAUUACUAGUUGAAAAUUCAAAAAUCUUAAAGUGGAAUGAGAGACUUAACAUUGUAGUCGAUGCAGCACGCGGAUUGGAUUAUCUGCAUAAUGGAUGUCAACCACCAAUCAUGCAUAGAGAUUUGAAACCUUCCAAUAUAUUACUAGAUGAAAACAUGCAUGCCAAGAUAGCAGAUUUUGGUCUAAGUAGGGUUUUCGAUAACGAUGUUGAUUCUCAUAUAUCAACGCGCCCUGCUGGUACACUUGGUUAUGCUGAUCCUGAAUUUCAAAGAACGGGAAACAUAAAUAAAAAAAAUGAUAUCUAUAGUUUUGGAAUAAUUCUAUUUGUGUUGAUAACGGGUCGUCAGGCUAUAGUAAGAGCAGCUGGAAAAAAUAUUCACAUACUUGAAUGGGUUAUUCCUAUAAUUGAAGAAGGAAAUAUUCAAAAUGUUGUUGAUUCAAGGUUAGAGGGUGAAUUUAGCAUCGAUUCAAUAUGGAAAGUUGUAAAGAUUGCCAAGUCUUGCAUUUCUCAAAUUACAACUGAAAGACCAGACAUAAGCCAAAUAUUGAUAGAACUGAAAGAGUGUUUAUCUUUAGAGAUGGUUCACAGACAUACAGAAACAGAAAACGAUUUGAUUGAAUUGACUACUUCAUCAUUUCAAUCAGUAACCGCUCCAUUUGCUAGAUAAAUACUAAAUACUAUGAGAUGGCGUGUUCCUCCAAUUUACCGUUACACCAUUUGUAAUACAAUACUUAAUCUUGGUUUGUAUGAUAUUAUACUAGUGUGUUCCCAUGUAAUCUUCGUUUGAUUAUAAAAUUUAACCAUCCCGCUAAAGAGACGAGUUGACGGGCGGCAAGUUUGCCUGCCUAUUUUUUAUUUAUUUUUUAAUAAAUUAAUAGACUUUUUUAAAAAGUUUAGUAAAUAUUUUUGAAGUUUGGUUA